AUGUCUACCUUUGGGAAAUCCACCCACUCUGCUGAGGGCUCCUUGACAAGCUCCCGGUUAAGCACACCUCAGAGACUGAGUAUUCACCCCUCUGUGACAUGGGGCAGCUUGGACUCUGAAGGAGACCUUGGCGUUAAGCAGCAGUCCCCAGCCAUACCUAUCCCACCCAAACUUCCGGGGAUCCUGAGCAAGGCAGGACGCGAGUGCUCAUCUCACCGGCAUCUAAUGAAGAUUGCGGACUUGUGCGAUGAGGCCCGCUCCAAGAAGGUGGAGGAUCAGAUCAACUACGACCACUUACGGAAACUGGAGCGCAUGUUCCAUGAGGCCGACACUGAUGGCGGAGGAGGACUGGAUAUAGAAGAAUUCCGAAAGGCCAUGAAAAAGAUCAUGGGGAAUAUUUCUGAUGAAGACAUUGAUGUCAUUUUCAUGAAAGUGGACACCAACUGUGACGGCUCUGUGGACUGGGAGGAGUACCUGAACUAUAUGCUACGUGAAUACCGAGGGAAGGACGACAUGCUGAAAAAUAAGAUGCUCCCAGAGUUCCAGACGCCCAUGACAUCUAUUUCAGUGGCCCACACGGAGGAAAUCGUCCAGAUCCAGUUUUUCCCAAACCAGAGCAGGGGGAUUGUGGAGAGGAAAGAGAAACCUAGAAAAGGUGUCGUCCGGUCCACACCCGGGCGAUUCCUCACUGUGAGCAGGGACGGCAUCCUGCACUACUGGAGCGACACCUUCAAAAUGCUUCGUACUGUUUAUUUGGACCAGACCAAGCGGCGCCACAGUUUGAAACUCUGGGUGACUGACAUGUUGUGCUUGCCGAAUAUCAACUUGUUGGCGGUUGCAACGACUGAUCAGGACAUUGAAUUCUUUGAUAUCGGCGGUAACAAAUGUGACCGGGUAUUUACCCUUGUGGACCUGGACGGGUGUGCCACAGCCAUGGAUUACUGGACAGAUGGAUGUAAAGGGGUAUUCUGUGUUGGAGAUGUGAAAGGGAACGUCCUGAUUUUCACCUCGACGGAUGUUGUCAUGAACGGGCUUUUCAAUAUCCGCAGCUUCAUAGGUGGCUUAGCGAGAGUUCCCGUGCAAAUCCUCAUGAAAGGGAAGACCCAAUCGUACAAGAAUUUCACCGUACCUGCUUUGCACGGAGACUGGUGUCAACAGAUCAGGUACAUCCCCCAGCUCAAUGUGGUCGCCUCCUGUACGCCAGCAGAUAAGACCGCCAUGGCCCUGACGUCGCUUCCACUGCAUAACAUUGGUAAAACCCAGUCAGCUUUGAUUGUUCUGAAGAAAGGCAUCCUCUGCUUUGACUACUCCUCGGAAAUGAACAUUCUUGUGACCGGGGGAUACGAACCGCUGAUCCGGGUCUGGAACCCGUACGUCACCAGCAGCCCCAUCACCCAUAUGAAAGGCCAUGCCACCGCCGUCACCCACAUCGUGAUCAAUGGGCACAGGAACACCAUUGUCAGCAUCUCGAAAGACAAAAAUAUCCGUGUCUGGGAUCUGCUGGACCACUUUUGCUUGCAGUCCAUCCAUGGCAGGAAUGUCCCACUGGGCAACUAUCCCAUCUCUGCUGCCUACUACCACCAAUCUGGCAAUUUCCUGGUUUGCGCCACUUACACGAUUGGCUUGUUCUUUGGUACAGAAUUUUCCGAAGCCGAAAUCAAGUCCCACGACCAGCCAAUCUGCUGCGUGUUGUACAACAAAAACUUUAAGGAGGUGAUGAGCGGUUGCUACAGUGGCAUCAUCAGCGUUUGGGACAUCUUGAGUGGGCAGAAAAUGAUGGAGUUCCCCACCGCCCCGGAGCAUCCGGUGGAAAUCACCGCCAUGACCUUUGAUGCGCCGGAGAGGCGACUGAUCACAGCCCUGAAGAAUGGGUCCAUCAAGCUGUGGAACUUCAACAACGGUGCCUGCCUGAUUGAGCUGCCCUUUGAGGGCAAGAAUGAGAUCAACUGCAUCUUGUACAUGAACCACAAGAUUUUUGUGGCAGGAUGGAGUAAAAGGGUGACAUGGUACCUAGACACCAAAGAAGAGAAUAAGGUGAUUGAGUGCAAGCACUGGAAGUCGUACCAUUCCGACGACAUCUUGUGCAUGGACAGUUACAGCAGUAAGCUUUUGGUGACCGCAUCCUGCGAUGGCGACAUCGUGUUGUGGAACGUCAACUCUGGGCAGGCCUUCUGCCGGUUCAAUGCCUCGGAGAGCCCUCUGGUGCUACUUCCCAAGCGGGAGUUCUCUGUGGAUGCAGAAGGCCCUGCGCUAAGCGAUGUUCUCAAGAAGGGAGUUGGCGUACAGAGCAAAAGUGGGAAGAAGCACUGGGCCCACACAAAGACAAUGAAGGUGCCCACGAGCUCCCCCCUCCCUCCAAGACCGGCCAGUGCUCACGUCCCUCCAGUGUCUUCCUUGCACGGCCGGAGUCCAGGGUCUGCUCUACUCGGAGGCCGAUUCAUGCAGCACCCCCAGGUAGCUUGGAACUCCGAAGGAAGCAGUAAGAGUGGUCACUCUGCCCAAGCGCUCGGUGCUGCCGAGAGCCGGACGCCCAAAAAGGAUCCCCUAACCUGGCAGGAAGAAGUCAGUGCCACCCAGGAUGCCAUCGAGAAGGUCCUCUUCCUGAACACUCGUGAGCGAGGUCCCAACACAGCCAUUUUGCUGACCAGCUGUGCGGGCGGGUAUAUCUACGCUUGGGCGGUUGGCAGCAAAGGUGGAAUGAUGGGCAAAUUCCGAGGAGCCCAUGGCCAAGCCCGGGACACAGUGGUCUGCUCCAUGUCCACGGAUGACAAGGACUUGGUCCUCUUUACCGGGGAUUCCUUGGGCUACAUUAAGAUCUGGGACAUCAUGAAUUACUGCACCGUGGCAGAGGCAGGAGAUUCUGUGAUGGAUCUGAACGAUGGGCCGCCCCCUGAGAAGAACCGUUUUUGUGACUUAAUUCCCGAAUACUGUCGAAUUCCUGCGAAAUUCCAGGCGGAUCGAGCCACCCGGCAGGUGCACAGCGGCUGGGUGACCUCCUUGGUUCCCCCAACCUGCCUCAGCUCUUGGAGGGGACAUCUGAAGAAUAUAGUCAGCAUCAGAUACGUCGAAAGAUUCCGAGUGAUUCUCACUUCCAGCCACGAUUGUACCAUCAAGCUCUGGAUGCUGACAGGCAAGCACGUAGGGACUUUUGGGCAGUCUUUGUGGAGACUGGGAAUACAGCACAUGAUGGAAGCCGAAGUGCCGGAGGAGAUCCGCCGCGUGGGCUCCUUGCAUACCCUGAAGGUCCUGCAUGAAGGUCGGCAGCCCCACUGGGAGAGCACCCGCAGCAUUGUCCAGACGCUGAGCCAGCAGAAGAGGCAGCAGUCCCUGCUGAUGGACUUCCUGCACGUGAAGUCAUCCCUCAACGAGGAUGCUGCCAGCCGGAUGCAGGAACUCAUCCAGAAAGAGACCCGGAUAGCCCAGUUCACCGACGAUCAGAUCGAGGCUGCCUUCCAGAAGUGGGAAGAGUCAGGGAAGCAGAAGAGCGACAUCCUGGGCCGUGCAUACAAGCAGAAGGUGCCGCGUCCCUUGCUGAAGCAGCUCCCAGAGAUGAAGGCUUCUGUGUCUUGCAAGGAUCAGCCCCGAAUCUAUCACUGCAUCCAGUAUACGGACCUCCAUCCGAUGAUUCAACUUCAUGUACCUGAGAUCCUGGCCGAGUUGCAGCAGGUACAGGCCGCAACAGAGCUACGGAAUGCCAAGAAGAGCAGAAAAUGGUCGACUCUCACUGGUUUACUCAUCAAGCCCACCCUGAAGAGCUACAUGAUGCGCAAGCAUGCUCAGUACACCAAAGAAUGA